GUUUAGGUCUGGAAUGGAGGAACAUACACUAAACAUAUGAAGGUUAGGUUUGUAGCCGUUUGGUUCUUUCUGAUAGUUUAGGACCAGAAGCAUAAAUCACGAUAAUGGCAAUGAUGUCCAAGAUAUCAUCACUAUUAUUAUCAGCAUCGCCCAAACCUAAACUCAUUUACCACAAUUAUUUUUCAAGUAGCAGCAGCAGCGUUGCCACCACUAUCAGAAAACAGAAGAAGGUGAAAGCAGCAGCGUUGGCGAAGGAGAAGAGAAGGACCCGUUCCGACAAACAAUUCGACAAGGACUCUAUAAUCGAGCGUUGCUACGGUGAAGAUGGAGGAGAAACCUUCUCUCAUACUCAUACUCAUACUCAUACUCAUAUUCAUAUCCCUGUGAUGCUUGCCGAAGUGUUGGACGUGUUCUCCAACUCCUCCUUAACCUCCUUCGUCGAUUGCACCCUUGGUGCCGCCGGCCACUCCUCCGCCGUGAUUAGGUGUCAUCCGGAGUUGAAGUAUUUUGUUGGGAUGGAUGUUGAUCCUGUGGCACAUGAAAUGGCUAAAGCUCGAUUAAGUGGUUUCUCCUCUGGUGUUAAAGUGUUUACUGUGUUAAGGAAUUUUAGACACAUAAAGUCUGUACUUAGAGAAACUGGUGAGGAAUACUUGGCUCCUGCUGCUGUUGAUGCCAUCUUAAUGGACUUGGGAAUGUCCUCCAUGCAGGUGGACGAUCCUCAGAGAGGAUUCAGUGUGCUUGGUGAUGGACCCCUGGAUAUGCGUAUGGAUCCUCAGGCAAGUCUUAAAGCAGAAGACAUAUUAAAUACUUGGCCAGAUUCUGAAUUGGGCCGUAUCCUAAGGGAGUAUGGGGAAGAAAGUAAUUGGCGUACACUGCAAAAGAAAAUUGCCCAAGCCCGAUUAAACGGUGGAUUGCAUUCCACUGGUGACUUGCUAGACCUUAUUCGGCGUGUGACUCCUGCAAUGAAAGGUGGAAGGCAAGGUUGGAUAAAGACAGCAACCAGGGUGUUUCAAGCUCUGAGAAUUGCUGUUAAUGAUGAACUGAAGACUCUUGAGGAUUCCCUCUAUUCUUGUUUUGAUUGCCUUGCACCUGGGGGUAGGCUUGCUGUCAUAUCUUUUCACAGUCUUGAGGACAGAAUUGUGAAGCAGACAUUUCUUGAUAUAAUUAAAGGGAGCAAAGAUACGGGAGAAGAGGAGAGUUGCAUUGGUGAUUUGAGGAAAACGAGUGAUGAAAUUAAAGAAAAAGAAGCAUGGAUAAGACACGUUAUACAUGGAUCAAAUGGAACAAUUCUCACAAAAAGACCAAUCACGCCAUCAGGAGAAGAAGAGAAAUUGAACCGCCGAAGUAGAAGUGCAAAGCUCAGGGUUAUUCAGAAGCUUUGAAGAUAAAACAUAAAAAAUUGUUGUUUGGAGUAGAGCCCUUAGAAAUCCUUGUAUUCAAAAACUUGUCUGUACCUAUUGCUGUCCUACAAAUUCAUCUUUAGAAAAUAUGUAAUGCUCU